AUUAACUUGGAAUGAAAAGAAUCUUUUGGCAUUACAAAUUGCAAAUGGAUUAAAUUAUUUACAUAUUGAAGGUGUCCUGCAUAGAGAUCUACAUUCCAAAAACAUAGUUAUUCAUGAAGAUAAAGCUAAAAUUACAGAUUUUGGUAUAUCAAAGGUUGACAAUAAUCAAAAUUCUACUAUAUUUAUUGGCAUUGUUGAUGUUUAUAGUUAUGGUGUAAUUAUGUGGGAAAUUUCUAGUGGAUAUCCUCCCUUCGAAAAUAAAUAUGAUGAUAAUAGAGAUCUUAUUCUUGCAAUUGCUUGUGAUAAGGCUCGUGAAUCUUCAAUACCGAACACUCCGGAAAAAUAUGAAAAUUUUAUAAGAAAUGUUGGAGUCAAGAACCUGAACACAGACCAACUAUUUCAGAAGUAUUGA